AUGGCAUCAUCUUCCAACAAUGGUUUUGAUGAUUCUUUUGAUGACAUUAUUGAUGAUAUUAUUGAUCAAAAAUGUGACGAUCUGUUCGACGCUGUUCUUGACCGUCAUACCGCAUCUAAGCAAAAGAAGAAACACACAUAUAUUGAAAGAGAACGCGAACAAGGUCAUAUCCGCUUAUGGAAUGAUUAUUUCUGUGAAGGUGCAACAUACCCGCCUCAUAUUUUUCGACGCCGUUUUCGAAUGACCAAAGACUUGUUCUUGCGUAUUGUUGGUCGCCUCUCUAAUGAAGUUCCAUACUUUCAACAACGAAGAAAUGCUCACGGAAGUUUUGGUCUAUCUGGACUACAAAAGUGUACGACAACAAUUCGUAUGAUGGCAUAUGGUUGUGCGGCUGAUGCGGUUGACGAAUACCUCCGACUAGGUACAAGUACUGCACUAUUAUGCUUGAAAAAUUUCACAGAAGGAAUAAUACAAUUGUUCGGAGAUGAAUACUUAAGAAGGCCCACAGCAGAUGAUCUUCAAAGACUCCUCGAUAAUGGAGAGGCGCGGGGGUUUCCCGGGAUGAUAUGA